AUGAUGUACCCAAAGUUGUUGGCGUCGCAAGAACUUUCCCUUCGACGCAUUACGGUGCAGCAACACUGCCUUUCCAUGCAACUUUUGGACCCGGACACGAAUAGUAUGAAUCCAUCCGUCAACAGCCCCAACACCAGUGUGAGUAGUACCUCCCUUCCGCGACAGGUAUCGGCUCGCAGUGAGUUGACGUCGCCGUUGACGCUAAGCAGUGCAGGACAGGUUGGCGCCUCGUUUCCUCCAACCAAAACUGUCGCUUCUUCCCUGACCCCAAUCGCUGGGUAUGGGACGAACAGCACCGCACCGGCUUCAAUUGCGCGUCCAAGCAUACGAGUCCGCUCAGAGUGGAGUUCAGCACUGGAGGAUAUCGGGCUAUUUGUUUUCCCGGCACGGCAACUACACGGUUCCCAACCGUCUACGCGGCGACAUGUAACGGUGCGGUACGUUGCGGAUCAAUACGAUCAUCAGUGGAUUGCGCAGAGGCAGGCGUCAUCCAAUUCGGUGUUGACAAAGGGUAAAACGGGAGGCAUUGGACACUCAGCGACCACCUCACUCUCUCCGUCGCCGCGUGCAUCUGCGUCUGCGUCAUCAGAGCGUCAGAAAAUUUCGCUUUCUAUUCUCGAGGAUCUUAUAACAGCAUUUGAAGUAGGCUCCUACUGCAAUCCUGAGAUUCCCGUGCAGCGACAGCCGGUUUCAAGCUUUAAUGGUGUCAUAGCGACUGGGGCAGAUACGUCAGUGGUGGAGGAGGUGCGUCAGUACUGGUUAGGCAAACGGCAAGCCCUGGGUGGCAAUGUGCCGUGUAUUCCAUCGCUCCACAUGAACGUCCAAGAGGAUAACCAAACAUCAUUGUGCCAUAAGGAGCUUCUUCAGUUUUGUCCAUUGCCGUUUAAUCACAGAGACUGGUCCACUACGGUACUGCAACGCCGUAUACCACGGAGUAUUAAUGUAAAGAAGAUGACUGAGACAAAUACUGAAGUGGUUAAAACUCAAGAAACAGGGCUGUUGGGUCGAAAGCGCCCGCGGCUUGACGCUGACAAGGCAGCAUCGCGUGAAACGGUGGGUCCUACAACAGAGGAGGAAGACGCGGCAGCGAAGAAGGAGCGUCACGCACUACUUUCAGCUGGGUUGAAAGUCGCGCGGGCGGUACUGGAGCGUGAAGAAAUAAAACUAACUCACACGCAUCUCGCCCUCUACGAGUUAGCGCUUCUGCGGCAAGCCGCGAUGGAAGGGUGUGACUUCCUGGAGGGGGGUGCUUCGUCGCCUUUUCACGCACCCUGGGCGAGUGAUGAAGCGCUACAGGAGGAUUGGGAGACGGGAGGUUGUGAUGUCGUGGGCAGUGGGAUUGCUGCGGCAGUGGUGGAAAGUGUGAUGGCCAUUGGCAGAGGAUUGUGCUAA